AUUUUCAGUUAAAUACAGAAUUUCAAAUGAAACACGAGAAUGAUGAAAUUAGAAAUCAAAUGAUUAAUAUGUUUGUAAAUUAUGUAGAACCUUGACUUUGCAAUUUCGUGCGCGUGUGAGAUUUCUAUUAAUUUCGGCAUGGAUAUUAUACAUGUAAUAACAUGAGAUGUUCAACUCAAUUACAAGUACUUGUAUUUCAACUCUCAAAGUCUCGUCAAACCCUACCAAAUAUCAAACAGCUGCAUGCUUUUAUAGCCAAGACCCACUUAUCAAUCGACCCAUUUUAUGCAACCAGGCUCAUCAGAUUCUACGCACUCAACAAUGAUCUUGAAUCUGCACGCCACCUGUUUGACGAAACUCCUCACAGAACUGUUUAUGUCUGGAACUCAAUUAUUCGAGCUUAUGCUCAAGCCAAUAAGUUUCAUGAUGCAAUGUGGCUUUUUAAUGCAAUGCGUGGCUCUGAAACAAUGCCCGAUAAUUUUACGUUCGCUUGUGUGCUGCGGUUGUGUUGCGAGAAUUUUGUGGUGGGAGGGUUGAGAGGGGUGCAUGGGAGUGUUGUGGUGGCGGGGUUGGGAUGGGAUUAUGUUUGUUGUAGUGCGCUUGUGAAUGCGUAUGCGAGAGUAGGGAUGAUUGGUGAUGCGAGGAGGGUGUUUUCGGGUGUGCGAGAGCCGGAUUUGGUUUUGUGGAAUUCUGUUGUUUCGGGGUAUGGGAUUUGUGGGAAGUGGGAAGAAGGGUUGGAAUUGUUUAGUGUGAUGAGAAUUAGGGGGAUUCGGCCAGAUGGGUAUACGUUGGUUGGGAUUAUUACGGGGUUGGGGGAUCCUGGUUUGGUUAGAAUUGGCCAGGGGAUUCAUGGUUUUUGUUUAAAAUGUAGUUUAGAUUGUAGCCCUCAUGUGAGUAGUGCAAUUUUGAGUAUGUACUCGAGGCUUAUGUGCAUGGAUUCUGCGUGUAGAGUGUUUGAUACGCUUUGCCAGCCUGAUUUGGUUACUUGGUCUUCUUUAAUAACGGGAUUUUCUCAAUGUGGUGACAAUAAGAUGGCCUUGGUUUUCUUCAGGAAUAUGAUAAUGGAAGGUGGAAAGGCAGAUCCCAUACUGAUUGCCUGUGCACUGGCAGCUAGUGCUCAAGUUGCUAUGGUUGGGGCUGGAAGUGAGAUUCAUGGUUAUGCCAUUCGACAUGAUUAUGCCUCAGACGUUAUGGUGUCUGCAGCUCUCAUCGACAUGUAUCCCAAGUGUGGAUUCUUGGGACUCGGGAUUCAAGUUUUCAGAUAUACACCUCGAAGAAAUGUUGUUUCUUUUAAUUCCAUAAUUUCUAGUCUUGGAUUGUACGGACUUCCAUCCGAGGCCUUUGAUAUGUUUGGGGAACUACUUGGGGAGGGAUUGAAACCUGAUGAAUAUACUUUCUCAGCCCUCCUAUGUUCUUGUUCCCAUGCUGGUCUAGUAAAUGAUGGACGGAGAUUUUUCACAAGGAUGACAGAUGAAUUUAGUAUUAUAGCUAAGACUGACCAUUAUGUCCACAUGGUUAAACUUCUUGGGAUGGCGGGAGAGUUAGAAGAGGCUUAUAAUCUUGUACAGUCCGCACCUGAACCUGUUGAUCCGGAAAUAUGGGGAGCACUUCUGUCUUGCUGUGAUGUUCACAAAAAUACUGAGAUGGCAGAUAAUGUAGCUCAGCGGCUGUUUGGAAUUGAACCGGGGAAAGAUACUUACAGAGUUAUGCUUUCCAACAUAUAUGCUAGUGAUGGGAGGUGGGAUGAUGCAAAGCAACUGAGAGAUAAUGUGAUAGGCGGAAGGCAGAAAAAAAUGCCUGGACUGAGCUGGACUGAAGUCUAAAAAUCAAUUAUUGUUUUCAAUGUUCAGUGGUGAAUGGUAUCAGGCUAUCAGUCAUCACAGGAGUUCUUCACAAGGAACUCAUAGAACAGCAAAUGGCCCUUCGUUAUAUGAUUCUUGGCCAAAAGAAUUCAUUAUGCAAACAUUCAGAAUGAUGAAGGCACAGAUGCGCCUCUUUCCGCAAAGCUUCGUGCAAUACUUACUAUUUUUUGCUCAGAGAAAUUAAACAUGAAUUUCAGCGGUCGUCAUGUUAGUUCCACAUACAAAUGAAUUCACCAGGUAAUACUCCUAUUUUUAGGUGCAUUUAACUUAUAUAAUGAAGCUGCAAAAUCAUCGAUUUGAUUUAGGCGAAGCAGUACAUAUUGGAUGCAGAUUUUAUUUUUGUAAUGCAGAAUAACUAUAUUCUUCCACUAAAAAGUCCAGGAGGAAUAUUUUCCCUUUCUCAUCACUUGGCAGUUCACUGAUUGUAAAAUAAUCGUAGCUGACUACAAUGGCCAGAAGCUGAUUCAUGUUUUAGGAAUAUAAUCUUGAUAUUAUAUGGUUUAUUCAUUCUUGUGACCGGCA